AAAAAGAACGAAUCACUUUAGGAAAUGAUUCGUUCACUCUCGUUCACUGAAAAGAGGCGUUCCUUUGAACGAACCGUUCACCCAGGAGCCAACGCUAAAGCUGGACACGAGUGGAACCUUUGGCGAGUUUUGUGAGCAAAAUAUUCAACAUUUUCACGAGGAAAUGUAAUCUGCAAUUCGGUGAUACUGCCUCUGUUUUAGAACAGCCUAAAAGGAUUUCGGUACAAGCUUGAUUGUUGCCGUUUUUGGACUCAUCUGACUAAGCUCAUGUAGCUGCUAAGCUACCAGGCAGCUGACCGCUUCAGCCAAUCAAUGUCAAGCAUGAUCACCUUCAUCCUGAUGGUGAACCGCCAGGGUCAGACCCGACUCUGCAGGUACUACCAGCCCGUCAACAUGAGUUGCAGGAUGGCGCUGGAGGCCAACGUCGUCAGUGCCUGCCUAAGCCGCAAUAGAGACCAGUGUUCCUUUGUGGAGUACCAAGACUUGAAAGUGGUUUUCCGGCAGUACGCUGCCCUCUACAUCGCCGUGGGCAUCACCGAGGAUGAGAACGAGUUGUCCAUCUAUGAGCUAGUACAGAACUUUGUGGAGGUUCUCGACAAAUACUUCAGCCACGUGAGCGAACUGGACAUUAUGUUCAACCUGGACCGCGUUCACAUCAUCCUGGACGAGAUGAUCCAGAACGGACGUGUCGUGGAGACCAAUAAGAGCAACGUCCUCGGCCUACUCAAUGCCCUGGACAAGAUGGCCGACGGCUGAUGCCAAAUGGAGAUAAACUGGAAUUUUUAAAUUUUUUUCACCGACGCGUCAACUGCUACGCUUUUGGUCGUAAUGACAAAGGAUGGUUCUUUGUCAUUUAAUUGCUGUCACGGUCAAUCACGCUUAAAGUGCUCAAAUGUAAAGUGGUGCAAAGUAAAAAAAAA